AAUUCCCUAGGCUAAUGCUUGUCGAACAAAAUGCAGCCGUUUUGGUGCUGAACUCCUGGCCCACACCUCAGUCAACAACCGCUUUCUUUCUCCAUAUUUGCUCAGGGUAAACUAAGCGCUCAAGUUCUCCGGGUUAGAUUAUCGAAAAACCAAUAAGUCAAUUCCACUUUGGUAAAAGGACUGUUAAUGUUAUUUGAGCCCAAUAAUAGGCAGCUUUAAUAAAAUAUCGGCAAACGGUGGGGUUGGGCUGUCAUUUCCUGCGUCUUUUUUUGUAGAAAUGUACCCGCGCACUCAUUUGUUUGCACAGUCAACACAAGAACGAGGCCACCGCCGUGUAGCAUAGCGACGUUUGUAUCACGUGACAGUGAAGAGGUUUCCCACUGCUACCAUACGGUUACAGGCGAGGUUGAGGAUUGAUAACGAUUGUAUAUGACAUGAUGAUGGGCUAAAAGUGACGGGUUUAUCCUCGAAACGUGCUGAAGUACCCCCAUAGGACACAGUAAGUUCUCUGGCAUGUCCACUACCGCCACCAUGACGACCCUCCCAAAGAUCACCCCCUGCGGCACGCCCCGCUCUGUGUCAGCCUCCGCCAGCUACGGCCCCUACCCGCCCCCGGAACUCACCUCCACAUGGAACCAGACCAAAUUCCCGUCACGUGUCAACCCCCUGGCCCCGCCCCCUCCCAAACGGAGGAUCAACAUGAGCUGGGAGACCACGCCCCAGCACUGGCACAAUGAGAAGCGCCGUUUGUUCAUGCAGCAGAGAGAGCACGAGAGGUAUCACUCCGCCUGGGCUAAGCCUUUCUAUGGACCCCCGGCAGACAAAGAGGCGUAUAGGCGCCAUUUCCGAGAGGUACUCAAACAACAGAUGUCAGAUUCAGAUCACAAAAAGCAGUUAGAUCUGAAGAACAAAGUGCGAGAGAGUGAGGAGGCCGUGGAGUACGACAGACAGUGCAAGGUCAAGGACUUCAAAGACUUUGUGAAGAAAUUCAAUUACCUGAAAAACUUCAGAGAUGACAACAAGACGUUCAUGGAGGAUACAUGGGAGAAGAAUCGCUUCCAUAAAAUCAUGACUGACAAGUACGAUCGCGAAAUCAUGAGAUACAACCCAAUCAACUGGAGCGGUACACUGUCUUAACCUUUGCACAUGCCUAAACUUGUCCUGAUGGUCCUACCGUUACUUUACGGCAUAUUUUUUGGCAUUCAUGUCCAAAGACUUGAUGAUCUAAGACUAUUCACUUCACUACGUAAAAAUGUUUCGGCGAAAAUUGUUUCCCUUCAUGUGUACAGAAAUAGUAAGUUCAGAAAGGUUGGUAACCCAAAUGGAGUGAUACUUCAUAGUUCCGUAAUCAUAGGCUUUGGUUUCUCAACACAGCCUCAAGUCGUUUAGUAUUUUCGCAGAAAAAAAUGCUAAAAAAGGCAACACUGCGUUGUUGGUUACUGUUUCUGGUUUGUUGUAAGACACGACCGACUUUUUCUUUUCCAUAACUUGUGAUUUUCGUUGGAAGAUCCCAUCUCCAUAACAAAACAAAAAAAGUCAAUGUCAGUAUAAAGGGAAAAAACACCCCAUAGUAUUGUGCAAAUAGUCUUAGAUUAUAUAAAACAGUCUUUGAAGGAACUGCUCAGACCCAAGUGUCAAAAUGUACAAGUGGAAACGAGAGAAAGGAAAUGUCUCACAGGGGACAAUGAGAGUAAGAAUUUGUUACUGUUUGAGAUUUUGAUGUCUUAUAAACCACAAGAAGAAGUGUCAAAUCACUUUUGCAUUGAUGAACCAGUAUUUUAUUCAUCAACAGUCUUCAUAUUUGCUCAUGAUUAAUGUAUACAUUUAUAUGUACCUAGUUCAAAAAUUUGUGUGAUUGAAAGAUAUAAUAUAUUGAUGUUUUUAACCAAAAAGAUCUAAUUUAUUUGCAAAAUGAUACUGUUGGAGAUUUCAAUGAGGUCAGUAAACAGAUUUUUUGCAGUUUCGUAUCUGUCGUCUGCCUGAUAAGAUAAAAGUAUGUUCUUCCAUUUAAUCUGAAAAGCUAAAAUUCUUGUGGUGACAAUUUGGCAAUAGCACUUUCAUGCAGAAAUAUUCAAAAAGAAGGAAAACUGCGUCACACAUUUGGGACACACUUUAAUUGCCAUCAAGGACUAUUCAAAAGUGUGCCCCGCAGAAAAAUCAAAAACUGUAAAACAUGAAAUACAGGGAUCAUAUUCCUAUCGGGGGUGGGGCUCUCUCUAGGAUGUUAACACAACUAUAGUACUGUGUGUGAAAUAUGAAUGCAUGACUCGGGUAUAUAUUUGUAUAGCACGUUGAGAGGGUAACACUUGAAGAAACAUUUUACUAUCAGUAUUAUUCUCUUUUAUUUUCUGUAUCCUUUUCUUUUAAAAAUGAUAAAAAUAUGAAAAAUAUUGAAUAGGAGCCUGUUCACUUUACUAGAGAAAAUGUAGCUUCUAAUGGUAUAUAUAUAUAUAUAUAUAAUACUUUAAGGUUCAUAACUCACAAUCUAUCACAACUCCACACAAAAUACAAUCACAUAAAAUAACCAAACACUGCUGGUGACAACUACAGUGCAUUGUCCUUUUUUUCAACUAGGGUUGAUGCAUCAUGCUCAUGGUCAUAGAGUGACCACACUAUCGCCUGUUUGAAAACUAUCACACUGAUUGUGCCAAAUUUUUUUUAAAGGGACAAGAAUUAUGUGAAUUUUUUGUUUUCUUGAAAUUGGAUAAAGGUUACUCAUUUUUACAAAGGUAAAAUUAUAAGUAUUUGAUUACUGCAACUGAAAAAAAGAGCAAAAUAAGAUCUGAAAUAAAUUUGCAUACAAUAUUUAUACACCCAAGUUCAUUGACAAUGAAACUGUUGAGAAUGAGACAACAUAUGAAUUGCUUUGUUUUACCCAUCAGUAUUUUGCCUUUAUCUAUCGAAGUCUUGAGCUCAUUCUAAGUUUCAAAGAGGAUGUAUUAUAUCACAACAGAACUUGGUUAUAAAGGUAAGUGCAGUUUUUGAGACUGAAGUGUUAUUCCCGGUGUCUCACUAUUCCAAAAGAUCACCUAGGGAAAGAACACUUUUGGUGGAUGAUUCUAUAUACAAAAAAAAGAAGAGAUAAAGAUUUGUUAAUUGUUUUGCCAAAAUCACGAUUUUCAGUAUUGGUAAACUCAAAACUAUUUUUUAAAAAGAUAACUUAUGUAACUUGCAUAUUAUAAUCUUUUCUUAUUCUCUCCUAUUUAGGACUUUGAAGUUUAUGUACUAUCUAGAUGGUUUUCUUGCUGUGAAAUGCAAUUUUCCAAGCAAAUUUAAAUCCUGCCAUACUCAAUACGUUUCCAGAAUGUCAUGUUAUUUUUCAUCAAUAGCCUUAGCAGGGUAUUUUACUGGGAGUGCCAUGUAGGUCAUUGUCUACCUUUAAAGGGAGACCUGGCAGUUCUGUGAUAACAUUACCACCCUGAUUCAAGGUCCGUUUUUUGGCCGUUCGUAUAAAGAAGGCAUACCUGUCUCAGAAAUGCCAUGUAGAACGUAUGGUUAUUUACACACAUACGUAUUAGACUUCUUUUGUCUCUCAUAUAUAUGCCAUUAGAGGAAGCCUAAGAGCUUGUGAGUCCUUUGAAAAAACAAAGGGUUUACAGACUGUGAGAUUUUCCCUAAUGGUAUGCCUCGUAGGGGAAUGUCUGUGUUGUACCUUUGGUUCCUAUGCAAAUUUUGUUGUGCUGGUGUCAUGUCUAUUGAUUAAAUGUAUGCUACCACCAUCAUUGUUGGUGGACAAAUAAUUCUUACAUUCCUAUUUUUAUCUUUUCAGGUUUUUUUGCUAUAUUAUAUAUAUAGCUGUUGCCAAAUCAGAUUUUUUAAUGUUUUGCCUUUUCCGCAUAUGCCUUUGAUGCACUAAUGCAAUGUCUUAAUUAAGCUUAAUGUCAGCAGAGCUCUUUGUAAUUUAUGUGUUGUUUUGCCCAGUGCCAGAUCUGUUGCUGUAAUCCCAGUGUGACCUUUAUGUGAUCCCUGCUUUAAGCCUGUGUUAUAAAAGAGUUGUGUGUAAGUGUAACUGUUUAGAACUUAUCCUAAGAAUGUGUUUCUUUGUAUAUUCAACUUAAAAGUAUUACAGUCUGUAGAAAAAAUAUUUCUUUUUUCAUUGUAUGCUUGAAGUAAAGUGUGGCUGAAUCGAGAAAAUCAUUUUUGUUUGAAAAUCUGAUACUUUUUCACCCCAGCAUUGUGCAUUUUAAAGCUGUGUUUUAGUAUUUUGAAAGCAUAUUAUUAAAUGAGAAACAUAAAUUUGCUCGAGAACUUUCAAAGUUCCAGUUCCAAGGCAGGACCUUGCUGUCCUUAUAGUAUAGAGAUCAACAAUUGGGAAUACAGAAUUGUCCUAAAAGAAGACAGUGUUAAAAUUUAACUUAAAAGUUUUUAAAAAAAUUUUUAAUUCCCUUCCAUUAAAAGAUUUCUUUAAACUUAUAUUCCAGAUUGAUUUGAAAAGGAAAUUUAUAACACUUUGUGUAUCGCCAACAGGUUUGUUACUUUAAAAAAAAACAACGUUCUUGAAGACUGAUUUUACAUUAACAGCAAAUGUAUCAGAAUAAAAGUUUCAAUCUGAACCUUGCCAAA